GAGAGGAGACCAGAGGAGACCGCCAUGGGGCUCUGGAGUCGAGUCAGGGUGGCCAAAUGCCAGAUGCUGGUCACCAGCUUCUUUCUCUUGCUGCUGGGCGUGGCUGUGGCCGCCAUGGCUGCCCUCACCUACUUCGAGGCCCACUUUGCCGUCAUUGGCCACGCGUCCUCAGGGAGGACCCCCUAUGAGACCAUACGCCACUGGGCCUUCUCUGCAGGGAUCAGCCUGGCCGGGCUCCUGACCCUGGCGGCCGUGCUGGGCACUGCAGCCACUGUGAGAGAGGCCUGGGGCCUUAUGGCAGGGGCCUUCCUGUGCUCUGCCCUGGUCUUCUGUGCCCUGGUGCAGGUGGCCUUCUGGAGGUUCCACAGCCCCAGCCAGGUGGAGGAUGCCGUGCUGGACACCUACGACCUGGUGUAUGACCAGGCGGUGAAGGGCUCGGAUGGAAUCUGGCGGCAGGAGCUGGUGGCCAUCCAGGACACGUUUCUGUGCUGUGGCAAGGGCUCUCCCCACGGCCUCCAGGGGAGCUCGGAAGCUGACCUGUGUCGGGGAGAGGCGGCUGCAAGACAGGACUGCCUGCAGGCCAUCGUGAGCUUCCUGGGGACGCUCGGGGUCGUCGUGUCCACCCUGAUCAGCCUCGGUCUUGUCUCCACGGUAUCCGCCAUGCUGCUCAGCGCCUUCCUCUGGUUCGCCAUCCACUCGGGCUGCAACUUGGACCGCAGAGGCAAAUACACCCUCGGCCCGCGGGCCCAUGGCUGCCGGCCCCAGGAGCCCAGAUUCUCCGGACGCUACCAGCAGAGGCCUGCAGCUCACCACCCGUCUGAAGCGGAUGCUCUCAGGGGCCACCUGGGUCCCAGCAGACAGUCGGGGGGCCCUCGGCUGCUUCAGGACACCCCCCUUCCCGCCCAUAGACGCAGAGACGCCCCGGCCUCGUCCCGCCUGUGAGCCUCAGCAGGAGAGGAUGCGCUGUCUUCUUCCACAUCGUGGUGGGAGGGGGAGGACGGGGACCCGGCCAGAUGUGAGGGACCAGGGGUCCCUCACAGACUCCGGGAACAGGCUGCGCAGGAAGCAGGGGGCAGGCUGAGCUGGGCUCUCUGCCUUGAGUCUCACAAGGUCAAACCGAGGGUGGGUCGGGCUGGAUGACCCUUCUCUGCGCAGCUGUGGCACCGAUGCCCCCCCUUUGCAUGCUGUCAGGGGGCCGCCCUGCUCCCCGAGACCCCGCCCCCUCCUUCUCACGUGUCUCCAUCCUCAAGUCAGCGUGGUAGGCCGGCUGCUGCGAGACUUCCUCUGACACCCCCGUCCAGCGGCCGGAGAGCUCUCUCCGCUUUCAAAGGCUCCAGUGGCUGCAUGAGGGCCACCGGGUCACCUCCCUGUCGUAAGGAGAAAUCACAUUUUCCGUGAUGCUGUGUUCGCAGAUCCCAGGGACUUAGGCAGGGCACUGGGGUGGGGGACGCAUUUGAGAAAUUCUGCCACAGCCUCUCCCACCCGACCUCCAACCACCUGCCUGGUGAGUUCUCUCUAACCAGCUGUCCCACGGUGUGCAUCCUCUGCUCAAAACCCAAAGUCCUGGGUGGAACACCCAAUGGCCCAGCCUAGGCCAAGGCCCCAGCACGGCUGACAGAGGAAGAGGGAACGUGGGGCCCUUUGACCUUCCACAGCGGGAGCUCAGCCCUGCCCCGGCCAGCACUACACAAAGCCAGCCCCCUCAACCCUAGAAGCAGCCUCCUGGGGCAGGCGGGGAAGGGGGACAGAGUGACAGACGCCCACUGCAACCCACCCCUUGUGUUUCCAAUCACACGCACUCCCCUCCCACACUUGCACUUCCAAAACCAAGGCGGCUCCCGCCCAACAUCGAGCAGCAGCUGCCCCACAUCCGGAGUUGCACAGACCUCGCCCCGGAGGGAGGAGCCCCAGGUCUCCUGGUUCUGCGCUGGGUGGCCAUCCCGGCCCCGGGGGUGUGCGCCCCUCUCCUGGGCCCGUUCUCAACUUACUGAAUAAACUUUGCAGAAGCACCAGCUCUACACCCUGGGUGCAGGGGCUGCUCCUUCCCCGACAGACUGGCAGGCUCCCCAGCUCCACCCCUCCCCCGUUCCAAGUUCUCUCGCUGGUCCGAGUGCAUCUCCUGCUGGGUGAACCCAGCCUUCGCUUCAGAGGAAGGCCUUUGUCCAGUGGUCGCUCCCUGCCACCAACUUUCAUUACCGGGUGCGCAGGAAGAGGAGAGACCAAGGGGACGCCACAUCGCACCCACGCUGAGUAGCAGCGCCUCGUUUCCUCUUGAUAGGGUCACCUGGCCGUCACCACGGACAGCCCCUCUAUGGUCUCUUAGCCCAGUGGCGGAGGAGCCCCAGGUGAGCCAGGUGGGACCCCCAAUUCCAGCUCAAAGACACUGGUUUCAUUCAAUGCGUUCCUUUGUUGGUGACUAAAAUCUCUACACCAGAAGAGUGGAGGCCACCAGGGCCCAGAGGCAGACUUUGGGGAUUGGCUCGUUCGUUCUAAUCACAAGAGGUGUCCCCCACCCCCGCAUCCUGCUCUGGGGAAAUGGUGCCGUGGACGAGCACGUCCUGCAGGACACAGUGCAGGGUCACGGGGCUGUCCCGUGGCCAUGGCCCUAGAUGAUGCCCGAGGCCCGCCCGCCACCCCCAGGGUCACCUCUUUGGAGAAGCAGGGUAAACGGCAGCCGUCGGGAAGCCCACAGGCAUCCCCCCUUGCCCGUUCCUUCGGCUGUAAAGUCAGUUCCUUGGCCAGAAACGAUGGUGCCUGGGGGACCCAGACGUAAAGAAGGCUUUAAGUAAGUAAAUGGGGGAAGUGCGGGCGCAGGCGGGGAGCAAAGCCCAACCCAGGGUGAGGGCCAAGUUCAGUGGGAACAGCCACUCCCCCCAUGAAGGGGGACCCUGAUGUUUGCUGUCCGGUCCAUGUGGCGGGGCGCCCAGGCUGGACAGGACUUCUAGGGGCAGCUGGGAGGCUGGUUCCACGUGAGAUUAGCACUUGAAGGGGUGGACUCAGGAGAGCAGAUGGCCCUCCCCCGAGUGGGUGGGCACCGUCCAGUCCACCGAGGGCCCGAGGGGAACACAAGGCGGAGGGAGGGAGGACAUGCCUUUUCCUGCCCCACCCACCUAAUGCUCUCCUGUACCCAGACCAGGGUUACACCAUCCACUCCCCGGGGUCUCAGGCCUCCAGACUCAGCUUGAGGGGCAUCACCACACUGGCCUGCCUGGGGCUCUGGUUUGCAGAUGGCAGGUCAUUCCCAGCCUCCAUCACCGUGUGCACCAAUUCCUCAUAACACAUCUUUUAUAGAGAAAUGGGUAGGCAGAUAAACAGAUGAUAAUGGAUGGAUGGAUGGAUAGAUGGGCAGAUACAGAGACAGAUAUCUCCCUGGUUCUGUUUCUCUGGAGCAUCCUGGCCAAUACAGGGCUCAAAGUUAGUGAACCUGCUGGCAGGUGUCCUGUGAAGAUGCCAGGUUGCAGUGCAGAAUUGGACGCUGCUGCGCUGGCUGUAGGGGUGUCCGGGUGAAACUCGGUGGAUGGACCCAUGGGAGGCUUCCCUUCUGUCCUCUGUCAGCUUUGCACAAGGCCACUGGGCGGCAUGAGGGUGGCUGGGAAGAGACUGCCUGCCUGCCACGGGGGUGCAAGAACCUUACAAGGAUCCAGACACCCCACCUCACUGGGCAAUGGGGAGCUGCCAGGCCUGCCCAGCUAUGGGACCCAGUGGACAAAUGACACUGACAUCAGGACGGGCAGUUCAGGUCAGCCUCUCCCUGGGCCCAGAGGGGAGCCAAAUGCUGAGUCACAACAGGAGGUGAGGUCCUUGCAAAGAGUGUGACAGUGCCCCUCGCAGGACUGGCUCUGGUACUCUCCAUCGCAGCUUUGUGGCCACCACUGGGGCCGUGGGGUCUCUGGGUCACAAGGACCGAGCCAUGUGGCCACUGGGGCACCUCCGCUGGCUCUGCACCUCGCACAAAGCCAGCCACCCGACAUGCUGCCUGGAUGCAGGUAGGGGCAGAAGGGCAGAUGCCCAAACUCCGGAAGCGCUGUGCACAGGUGACCAAGGCCCGGAGGGGACACACCUGUGUUCACUGGACCCAGAGAGGACUUCUGUUUUCACAGGGUUUACUUCUCACUCUGCAACAGUGAUUUUCACCCAAGCGACCUGCCGCUUCCUCCUCCAAGUUCCAUCAGCACAGUGUCUGGGGGUGGGGUGGCAUCGGGUAGAUGAGUGGUCAAGGUCCCCAUGAACUCAGCUGUGGCCAAGAGCCCAAGUGUCCACGUGGUCCUGAGGCAAGACCACACUCCUGACCUUCCAAGUGAAAGCAAAUGGCCUCUCGGGACAGACCCAAAAAUGCAAAAACCAAAGCAGGCAUUCACUGGCUGAGCAGCCGCGGGCCCGGUGCGCUGCCUGCCUCCGCGUGCUCCGACUAAGAGCGCCUGGCACUACGGCUGUGCUUAUGCCACCACCAGAUCGCAAGGCCCACCCGCCCCACGGAGCGAGGCUCGCAGCCUGACAACCUGAUGCAGCGCUACACCCAGAGGCGGGACCUCUGCGUCCCUGCGUGUACAUGUGCCCACGCGGGGCAUCGCCCAGCUGUCCGCCAAGCAUUCGUAACAGCUCCAGGGCUCACAGCAGCGCACACGUGUUCUGGCAGUUACCUCCCCUCGCCCACCGAUUUAGAACUUCUAUAGGUGUUCCAAGGUGUCACACUAUAGUUUGAAUUUCUGGUUUCCUUCUUACUACCCAGGUUUUCAUGUUUAUUGGCCAUUUCUGUAUCUUAAUCUGUGAAAUGCCUGUUCAUGCAUCUUGCCCGUUCUGGGGGUUGGAUCUUGUGUCUCUUUCUUCUGAUUUGCGGGGAAUUUUUUAUGCACUACUGGGUGGCGUUCAUCUGUUGCACAUCUGUAUUGAAAACGUUGUGUGUUUGUGAAUUGACUUUCACCUUCUUUAUAGUGA